AUGAAACCAAACAAGGUUAUUGUUCUUGCAGCACUUGCAGCAACAUUAUUAUACAUAAUGAGAGGAGCAGAAGCAUCUAGAGUGUGCGGUAAUGAAUCGAGAGUUAAACUAUCUAUGUUGCAUGGACUUCAUGAGCAUCAUAAAAAGAAAGAAGUGAGAAUUCUUGAGUUUGAAAGGGAGGUAGAUGAAGCGACAAAUGAAGCUAAAAGAAAAUUAGUUGAAGCAGAAAGUGCAGUAGUUAAAAUGCAAGGGCAGCUCAAUGAAACACGUGAUGAAGCAGAAGAAAUAAUGGCUCGAAUGGAUAACAUAACAUCACCAGAACUCGAAGAGCUUGAAGAACAACAAAUAUGUUCAGAUGAGUUGUUUGUAACAGAUUGUUGCCAGAUCAAAAGGCUAUUUCCCUCGGCUCCAUCUGGAGUCUAUGCAAUAAAAGACCAUUGUUCAAGUGUUGAUAAGAUAUUCGGUGAUGCAAGACUAACAGUGUACUGUGACAUGGAGACAGAUGGUGGAGGGUGGAUUGUAAUCCAACGACGUAAUGCCAGUAUGGGAUGGGUUAAUUUCACCAGGAAUAUAUCAGACUACGAGACAGCAACGGAGGCAACUGAAGACAGUUACCAAAGAUGUGACGAUGAGGCUGCUGUGAAGAUAUCUCAAUUAUUUGGACUUCGCCACCACCUCAUCAGGAAACAGGAGAGUACGCUGGCGUUAAUCAAGGAGAUACGACGGGCGGAGUACUCUCUGAACUAUACAGUGGAGGGGACAGAAGAACUAAAGACAGCAAUAGAGAACAUGUCAACAGCAGAGAUUAAAGCAUUAGAACUGUCACAAACCUGUGAUGCCAAUAUUCCAAGGGAUUGUUGCCAGGUAAAGCAGAUGUUUCCAUCAGCUAAAUCAGGACUAUAUGCAAUACAAGAUCCCUGUGAAAAACUGUUCACUACUUCAAGACUCACAGUGUACUGUGACAUGGAGACAGAUGGUGGAGGGUGGAUUGUAAUCCAACGACGUAAUGCCAGUAUGGGAUGGGUUAAUUUCACCAAGAAAUGGGCUGAUUAUGAGGAAGGAUUUGGCGACUUAGAUGGUGAAUUUUGGAUCGGACUGAAAAUUAUCAAUGAAUUAACAAAUCAGCAAAACAUGGCACUGAAAAUGAGAGUCUGGAAUGAUACUGGAAACUCAAUUAAUUGGAAUUACCAGCUCUUCAGGAUUUAUGAAAAAAACUAUAGAUAUGCAGUUUCAGGUUUGAGUGGAAGCAGUGGAAGUGGCAGUGGGGGAGAUGGUUAUGGUCCUUUUUCUCGUGGACCAACUUCCGCGUUCCAGUUCCAGACAUAUGAUCGCUACAGUGGAAGCAAUUGUGGCUUUAGUAGACAAAGUGGAUGGUGGUAUUACAAUGGAAAUUGUGGUGAAUAUUCCAACCUAAAUGGUCGCCAUCAGCCAAGUGGUAUUUCUGGAACAUACUUAACAGGAGAGAGGCUUUUCUGGAGGACCUCAAGUGGAAAUCGUAUCUACACUCACUCAGAGAUGAAGAUUCGUUCACAGUCAUGCAACCUCAGUUAA